AUGCCUAAUGCUUCUAUAACUAUAAGGGAGAGUGCAAUAUGUUCUAUUGAAUAUUUUGAAGAGCUAUUGGAUAACAUAAAGAAUGAAAAUGAAGAUUUUGUUCCUAUUAAAGAUACAAAAAAAUUUCUAUCUGAUAAAAUUGGCAUCGAUAUUGAUUCAUUUCUAUCUGAAUCCGGCAAUUUUUUUAUUAGACCCGAUUUCAUUAGUUUUAUUGAAUUUUGGAGAUUAUAUGAAGAGUUGUUAAAAUAUUCUGGUCUAUAUAAUUUUUUGCAAAAUUAUGAUGGUAUACUAAAUGGAAUGGUAUACCUAAGAGAUAGGAUAAUUAACGAAUUAAUCAGUCACGGAAAAAUGAAUAGUUUAGCUCAAAUAAGUGUUCUUAAUAAUAUAUAUGAACCUAGAAAAGGUAUUGGUAUAACAGUUGGCCAGAUACAUACAAUAAUACUUGAAAUAAUUUCCAACGUUUGUAAUGAUGGCUCAUCUGCAUAUUGGCAAGAUGUAUUGACUCAAAUACCACAGGAAGAAAACUCAAGUAUGUUUUUGGAGCUCAUUGAUAUUAGCAAUUCAAUAUUACAGUGGCUAAAAGAAUACUUAAAUAUUUUAAGCCAAACAUCAGUUUGUAGUACUAAAGCAAUAGUUACAAGGAUAUUAAGUAUUAAAGAAGAGACAAAUCACAAUUCGGAAAAUGAUGAUAUAAAUUGUGGCUCAGAAAAAACUCCUCUAAAUUAUCAAACUAGAAAAGCGGAUGAAAAAACUGAAUUUGAUAUUCAAUGCAUCUCAUUAAAUGAGAAUUGCAAUACUAGCGAAUUAUACCUUGAUUCAUUUGAAACUUUGCCUUGGAAAGGCCAAACAAUGUUCUCAAACUUUAGGGAGUUACAAAUUUCUCUUCAAUCUAUAUUGGAACGAGUAAUUUUAAAUUCAGAUAAGGGAAAGAACAAUUAUUUUUUGAAGAAAGACGAAAUUGUAAUAAGAAAAAUUUCUCAUAUGAUAACAGAAUUAGAAGAUUAUCUUUAUAACCGAUUCGAUGUUAUUCAUAAAGAAAGGGACAAAUUUGAACAAUUAGAAAUAGAAAACAAGAAUUUAAAAAGACAACUCAAAGUCGCAAUUGAAGAAUCAGAAGAAUACAAAUUUGAAAUUCAAAACUCCAUAACUCAGAAGAACAAAUAUGAGAAAGAGGUUGAGCAUUUUCUAUCACAGAAAGAUAGGUUAUCUAGCGAUAUAAUUCGUUUUAAAGAAGAAAACAAGUCUCUUGAAAAAAAAUAUCAAGGUUUAUUGUACAAUUACAAUGAGUUGAAAGAAAGCCAUGAAAUAUUGCAUGAGGAAAACCAACGGUUGAUUAGUGAAAUAAAUAAAUAUAAGGAAAGAGAUGAAAUAGUUGAGAGAAGGAAACACAAUAAUUGUCUUGCUGAAAAAAAAGAUGAUAAAAAUUGCUUAAAAUUGGAUCAAGAUUUCAUUGAAAGCGGUGACGAUAAUUUUAACAGCUUAAUAUAUUGCUCAAUACCAAAAAAUAAUAGUAAAUACGAAGAAAGUACAAAAGAAAGUUCGAACUAUACAGAUAGAGGUAAUUUUUACAAAUCUCCUGCAAUAAUCAAAACAAUACCAGAUUUUCUGGAAAGCUCGAUUCAAGCUCCUAUAAGUUGCCGGUCAUAUAGACAAAAAAUUGGGUAUUUUCCGGAGAAAACAAUAGAUAAAGAAUUAAGGAUAGUAAGCGUUGUAUCACCAGUGAAUAAAAGAAACUUUGAGGAUUUUGCGCAUCAAAGACGGGAAAAAAAUACUAUUACUCAAAAAAAAAAAAAUUUAUCCAAAAUGAUUGAUGAGAUAGGAUGUACGUUUCAAUAA